CCGCUCAGGAGACUUACCGCUGCGAUCCAUCCAGCCACCAUGUCUUCCACCGGCACCUUUCGAGGUACCCCUAAAAACCGCAACAACGCCAAUGUGCAGUACGCCAACAGCCCGUCUAACAUCCCCCGCCCAGCCCUCGAGCAUGUGAGCACAGCACAGAGCGAAGCCGGCACCUCGACGCUCAGUAGCAGCCGACAAAAGCAGACGAAGAGAGAUGAGGCAAUUCGCCGCAAGAUCGAGCAUGACUUGAACAAAAAGAAGAACCCUACGGGCCGCGUACGCCAGUCAAGAAAGGCACCUCCGGGCACGGUGCUUGCAUUGAAGCCUAGCCAAGCCCUACAGAUCAAGCCCAAUACUACUGUCGCUGAAGCCGCACAACUGAUGGCUGCAAAGAGAGAGGACUGUGUUCUGGUCACUGAUGAAGAUGAUCGAAUUGCCGGUAUCUUCACUGCAAAGGAUCUUGCUUUCCGAGUAGUGGGUGCCGGUGUCAAAGCCAGCAACGUUACCAUCGAGGAAAUCAUGACCAAGAAUCCCCUUUGCGCGAAGACAGACACUAGUGCCACGGACGCCCUGGAUUUGAUGGUCAGAAAAGGCUUCCGUCAUCUGCCCGUGAUGGACGAAAACCAUGAUAUCUCAGGCAUUCUCGACAUUACAAAGUGUUUCUACGAUGCCAUGGAAAAGCUGGAGCGUGCAUACAGCUCUUCGCGCAAACUGUAUGAUGCUUUGGAGGGCGUCCAGGCAGAAAUGGGAGCCAGUCAGCCACAGCAGAUCAUUCAAUACGUUGAGGCGAUUCGAAGCAAAAUGUCUGGUCCAACACUGGAGUCGGUCUUGAACGGCUUGCCUCCAACGACUGUCUCUGUGCGAACAUCUGUCAAAGAAGCCGCGGCCAUGAUGAAAGAGAACCACACCACGGCAGUCUUGGUACAAGAUCAGGGUUCCAUCACUGGUAUCUUUACGAGCAAGGAUGUUGUGCUGCGUGUCAUCGCAGCUGGCCUUGAUCCUGCUACCUGCAGUGUUGUUAGGGUCAUGACACCCCAUCCGGAUUUUGCCCCGAUGGAUAUGAGCAUCCAAGCAGCGCUACGGAAGAUGCAUGAUGGUCACUAUCUUAACCUCCCUGUGAUGAGUGAGGCUGGAGAAAUUGUUGGCAUGGUGGAUGUUCUCAAGCUGACAUAUGCUACACUGGAUCAGAUAAACAACAUCAGCACUGGCGAUAGUGAGGGCCCAGCGUGGAACAAAUUCUGGAUGUCUCUCGAGAAUGAUACCGAGUCCAUGAUGUCUGGUGAAGGCGGAAGCCGCGUGCAAGGUACUUCAAUGAUGUCACACGAUGUUCAUCGCCCAGUAAUGCAUGAACGUGGGGAUAGCGUUGCUCCCAACGAGUCUGCGUCGAUGCAUGGAGGAGAGUCUCCGCCAGCGUCUGCUCUUGCUGGCGCCCCACCGGCCGCUUUGGAGGAGGUACCGUUCUCUUUCAAGUUCAAAGCUCCCAGUGGUCGCGUGCAUCGACUUCAGGUCACAGCGUCCGCCGGCAUCGGUGAGCUGAUCUCUAACGUAGCAGCUAAGCUUGGAUCUGAAGUUGAGUCUAUCGGAGGCACUCCUAUCUUCGAGGACGGCAAAUUAUCCAAAGCCGGGUUCGCCCUCAGCUACUUGGACAACGAAGGCGAUACAGUUUCUAUUACCACCAACCAGGACUUAGUGGAGGCAAUCAGCCUUGCUCAUAUGGCACACCGUGACAAAGUAGACCUCUUUGUUCAUGACCCCGAGAAGCCGCCGCUACAGGCUGCUGUCGAGCCUCAACCCGCUCUAGCAAAGCCGGUAACUCCUCCUGAAUCUGUGCUUCGGGAGCGCAAGCAGUUCUUUGAAGAUCAGGAAGAAGAGACAUAUCCACGAAGCCGCGGUCAGACAGUGGCUAAACCGGAAGAAAUCAUCGCUGGGGUGCCAAACGACCUGUUGCUACCUGGCGCUAUCGUUACUCUGGCUGUAGUGAUCAUUGGGGUGUUUGCUCUAGGCCGAGCCUCCAGCCGAUAG